AUGGACGGGACUAUGUCAGACGCAUGGGAGUCAGACGAUGAGUGGGGUCAUGUUGGAGUUCGUCGGUUGGCGGAAGCGCGACAAGCCAGACCUGAAAAAGAACGCGAGAUUAUCAUAAAAGCGGAGUCUUACUGGCAGACCAAAGCCACGGAACAGGAGCAGCAGAAAACUGCCAAUCAUGCUGCCUUGAUGGAGAGAUUGAGUAUGUCACUGCAUCCGAAUGACCACUUCACUGACGGAAGCAGCGAAGAGAUCGAGUACCAAUUCUCUGAUACCGACAUCUUGAAUCUGCAUCUCGAGACACUCAGUGGUGCACUUGAUGAGGCUGGAGUCCGCAUCAGACACUUACUCUUACCAACCGUGAACGGACGAGCUAUCAAGAGAAAGAGUCCUUCUAUUCAGCACUUGUUCACAGGGUUGACUUCAUUGUCCUUUGACUUGCACGACCCGGCGGAGAUGCUUAACGACUACGACGAACAGCCACCAUCGUUUCGUACCCUCAUACAGUGUACGCGACACACUUUAGAGAAGUUGCAGUUUUCAAGCCUUUUUGCCUUUAACAUGCAUCGCCCUCGCCGUGGAGAGCACCUGCUCGAGAAAUUAUGGGGCUAUGAACCAGGCAGCGGAACCGAGGCUUUUGUCUUCCCCAGGCUUAAACAACUGGAAUUAAUUAGCCUCGUGCUAUACACACCCUCCCUGAUUGCUUUUCUCAAAGCGCAACCCGCACUGGAGAAGGCGGUGUUUAAACAUAUUUACUUGCCUACCCGAGGCUACGGGUGGCCUGACGUUGCUGCCGCCUUACCACCGAGCUGUCACUCGUUGCAUCUGGACCAUUGCGGUGGUCAAACCACCCCCAGAGACGGUCCGGACCCACCGCCUGAUUCGAACAUAACUCACAGCGACAUCGAAAGAUUCCGUCCCUACAAGCACCCCUUUCCCGAAGCCUGUGGAUGGCGUGCCAGCAAGUCAUAUUUUGAGCGCGAGGCCGAGAAGUACGCCGUUCAACAUCACGGACCCCAAGGGAUACGCAUCGCUGAGCAGAUCGCCGCCGCACAAAGUAGUCUUUUGCACGGGGAGUCUGAUUCAGGCCCAUCCCUGGGCGAGCUACUAAAGCAAUCGAUGGACUUGGACAGAAGAACCACAUCGAAGAUCCAAAAGUUCAACGAGACUAUCAAAAGCCUGGACUAUGCGGAUUAUGAAAGACUUUGA